AUGGACGCUCGUUCCUCUUCAGCGGCAAUGCCGUCCUCUCCUCUCGGUCGUAAUGAAGGUGCAACAAGAGCAUAUCUUGAUCCUUUGGCUUUUGGCACAGAAGCAAGAAAUGGUCAAAGUGUUGCACCUGCUGCAUUCUCUUCGCAAAGUGAUGAUACACUUUUCGGUCAAAGACAAACAAAUUCACAAGAUCAAUUCUCCUCUUCGUUUCAACAACAAUCAGGCGGAAUCGCAAACGGCUCAGCAAUGGAUCCUUCUGCCUUGCCCGACAAGAGUAUCGCUUCUUCACGCAAGAGUAGACCUCGUGCUCGUUUGAAUGAUGCUGAUGUUGAACCUGUCAUCGAUUCAACAUCCGAACAAGUUCGUGAAAGCUUCCGUCAAUUCCUGGAAUCAUUUCGUGAAGAACACUCUUCUGGUUCACCUGACCCGGAUGGUGAUGGAAAUGGCGUAGAGCCACUUUACGUUGAACAAAUCAGAGCUUUACGUGGUCAAGAACGUACAACAGUUUACGUUGAUUUCACCCACGUCUUGCGAUUUGAUGAAAUUUUGGCAGGUGCCAUCAAUGAGCAAUACAUUCGUUUCUUGCCCUACCUUCGUCGAGCGUUGGUGGAUUUGGUGGCCCAAUAUACACCUGAAUAUCAAUACAUCAAUGCACACUCUGCCUCUACAACUUCAUCUGGCUUGACGCCAAGAGACUUUAACAUUUCCUUCUACAAUAUGGCUUUGAUCGGAGGCAUUCGUGAUCUACGUACACACAAAAUCGGUCGCUUGGUUUCCAUUAGUGGUACAGUUACCCGUACAUCAGAAGUUCGACCUGAAUUAUUGUACGGAACAUUUACGUGCAAUUACUGCAAAACGAGUAUUCGCGAUGUAGAACAACAAUUCAAAUAUACAGAGCCAAUCAUGUGUCCAAACGCACAAUGUCAAAACACACGAUCAUGGCAAUUGAAUAUCGAACAAAGUAGAUUUGCUGAUUGGCAAAAAGUACGUAUUCAAGAAAAUGCAAACGAAAUUCCAACCGGAAGCAUGCCACGUAGUUUGGAUGUUAUUUUACGCUCAGAAAUUGUUGAAAGAGCAAAAGCUGGAGAUAAAUGCAUCUUUACAGGAUCGUUUAUUGUUGUACCAGAUGUUUCGCAAAUGGGUAUGCCCGGUGUGAAUGCACAAAUGCAAAGAGAAUCCGCUGGUGGUCGUGCUGCCGAAGGAUUGAACCAAGGUGUAACUGGAUUACGUCAAUUGGGUGUUCGUGAUCUGACAUACAAGACUGCAUUCCUUGCAUGCAUGGUUCAAAGUACUCGUGAGAAUGAUAUGGCUGAUAGCUUGGAUCGCGAUCCUAUUGCUUACUUGGAAAGUCUUACUUCAGAAGAAAGGGAUGAAUUAGAAGCAAUGGCAGAAAUGCGUGACAUCUAUCCCAGAUUAGUCAGAAGUAUCGCUCCUACAGUCUAUGGUCAUGAUAUCGUUAAGAAAGGUAUUUUACUUCAAUUGAUGGGAGGUGUUCAUAAACAAACACAAGAAGGUAUUCAUUUACGUGGUGAUAUCAACAUUUGCAUCGUUGGUGAUCCAAGUACCAGUAAAUCGCAAUUCCUCAAAUACGUUUGCAAUUUCUUGCCAAGAGCUGUUUACACAUCCGGUAAAGCAUCUUCUGCUGCCGGUUUGACAGCCGCUGUUGUUCGGGAUGAAGAAACAGGAGAGUUGACAAUCGAAGCAGGUGCAUUGAUGUUGGCCGAUAACGGAAUUUGUGCAAUUGAUGAAUUUGACAAGAUGGACAUUAGCGAUCAAGUUGCAAUUCACGAAGCUAUGGAACAACAAACAAUUUCAAUUGCAAAAGCAGGUUUACAGGCCACUUUGAACGCUCGUACUUCAAUUUUGGCAGCUGCAAAUCCUGUAGGAGGAAGAUACAAUCGUAAAUUAACUUUGCGUGCAAAUGUUGCCAUGUCAGCUCCAAUUUUAAGUCGUUUCGAUUUAUUCUUUGUGGUUUUGGAUGAAUGCAAUGAAGUUGUGGAUAUGAAUAUCGCAAAGCAUAUCAUCAACGUUCACAGAUUCAAGGAAGAAGCUAUUGCACCUGAAUUUGACACUCAAUCUUUGCAAAGAUAUCUAGAGUAUGCACGUACUUUUGAGCCAAAGCUUACGCCAGAAGCCAGUGAUGUUUUGGUGGAAAAGUACAGAAUCUUACGUCAAGAUGAUACAGGAGCAGGAGCAAUGGGCGGCAAGAACAGUUACAGAAUCACAGUUCGUCAAUUAGAAAGUUUGAUUCGUUUAUCAGAAGCGAUUGCAAGACUUCAUUGCACAAAUGUUGUUACCGCUCAAUUCGUUCGUGAAGCAUACAAUUUGUUGAAACAAAGUAUCAUUCAUGUCGAAAAGGAUGAUAUUGACUUUGACGAAGAUGAUGAUGAAAUGAACCAAGAUGAACUAAAUGCUAUUGCCGAUCAAGCAGAGUCCAUGCAAAGCGCUCAACGCGAUGAAUCAAUGUUGCCUUCUUCUUCUCAUUAUGGUGAAGCCCAACGCGAUCAAACCGCAGUCACUUCUGGUCAAGUUCCUGCUAAAGUUCGAAUUUCGUAUGAUCGUUACAUGGAAAUACUCAACUUGAUCCUUCUUCGCGUUUCCUCUAUUGAACGUGAAACGCUUGGUGGUCUGGAACGUGAUGCGUUGAUCGAAUGGUACCUUGAACAACGUGAAAAUGAUUUAGAGACAGAAGCACAACUGGAAGAAGAGAGAAGAAUCAUCGAUAAAAUAUUGACACGUUUAGUACGUGAACAAUACCUUGUUGAAUUACGAGGAGAGAAUGCCUUGAUGGAACAAAGAAGACAAAGAGAGCAAAAUGAAGGUGAUGCAGAAGGUGAUGAAUCUAUGCAAACCGUAACAGAAGGUAAUUUGGCAGGCAACAACGAAGAAAGCCAAACCAGCCAAGGUCAACGAUAUAUCAUUUUGCAUCCUCGUAUUGACGUUGAAGCUCUUGCUGAUGGUGCUGUAAUUGAAUAG